AAGUUUUACCCUCUAGAAUUUCAAAACAUAACUCUACAUAAAAUAAUUGAUGUGGACCUUUUCUGGUAAUGAUUACAAGAAGAGGGCAAGCUCAUUCAUUCUAUGCCCGGCUAUGUACUGAGCUUUGAGCGAUCAUAACUUUCGAUCGAAUAGUACGAUCAAGCUGAAAAUGCAAUUACAAUGCCCUGGAAUCCGCCUCACUUGAAGGAAAACGCAAUGCGUUUACUUGCCUCCAAAAUAUCAGUUCUCGAUCCUAGGAUCUCCAUCCAAAUUCGAGUGGUUCAUGGUCGGACAUUGAAACUUCUUCUCUCUGCCUUUUUGGCUUCGUCAGAUUCGUUGGCAUAUCAAAUAUCACAUAAAAGUGUUGACAAAUGUGAGACCUAUGCCUUUUCAUUUUCAUAGUACAUGUACGUACAUGGGAUUGAUAUACUUGGAGUUGUUGGGAAAGUCAGCAAAGAACAAAGUAAAAGAGCAAAACGCAAAAAGCAAAAAAAGGAAUCUUGUACAAUUUAGCAUAGAGGUAUAUCGUAUGUGCUCUGUGCUUUUCAACAUAAUUCAUGCCAUGUGUUUGUUCAAUACAUACAGAAAAUAAGGUGCUCGGUUCUCGGAGGAAGAUUAAACGAUAAAAAAAAAUACGAAUAGACGACGAAAAAAAAAACAUGUUUUUGUACGUGAUCCAUACUGAAGCCCCUAAUUAAGUGUGAAUGGCUGUUGACAAUUUUUGUGAGCAAUAUUUUUUGUAUGGGACCGGAGGUUGCUUUACCACGUUGUAUUGUCGUCGAGGUCGAGAGGAGAACAACAUGAGCUCACCUCAACACUCGAGCGAAAUCAAUCAGGUCGUGACGGAGACAACGCGGGUCUCAGCCGAGUUCCUUGCGGGACGCCAAAGCCGCCCCAACCGUCGCAGUCUCACGGAUCCGCCGGCCAAGAUGCGUCGCAGUAACAGCCCAAUGUGUCGACGUCGAGAGAAUCGACUUACUCGGAUCUCGUUGGUGAUAGUUUGGGCCUUUCUAUUUUGUCAUAUCUGGAAGAUAAUUCCCACGGCUUACGAGGUGUUCGUGGGUUCCAUUGCUGAAGGGCCAUUUUGGCUCAUCAAUAUUCAGGAGAUCUCUCAUUUACUCAUCAUUCUGAACUCAUCAGUGAACUUCUUAAUCUACGCCGCUCUCUAAGCAUAGAUCGACAGUGAGACGCCUUGACUAAGCUGAUGAUGACGACUGAUAGAUAGGACCCGAAAUAGUGGCGGGUGUUCCACUCAAAUACGGUUGAGUUAGAAUGAGUGAGAUUUUGGAACAGUGAUAUGUUCUGAGCGUGAGAGAAAGACGUAUGAUGACAUUCACACACACUCACCAUAGUUAGUAAUGAAGUGACCAAUGAAUGUACCUUCUAUGAAACUGUAAAAUAUACGUACGUAGAUGUGACAAAGGCAAUAUGUAAUCGAAUUGGAACGUACCAGACGAGAAUUUGAACCUAUUUUUAAUGUGUUCUUGGCGUUCUCUCGGCAUAGAAUUGGGACCCAUGUCAUUUCGUGUGAAUUCUUGUUCAUAACAUGUCGAAUAUUUUCCCAUAAAUAAACAUCGGAAUGUCCAAAAUCAACUGUUUGCGGUAUGU